UGUACUUCUCGAAGCUGCUCACGCCCUUCGCUUAAUAUAAAAUAACAUCCAGAACCAAAGUGCCAACCAUCCCAAUCCUCUCUCUCGCUGUCGCUCUCUCGUCGAAGGAAGAGGGGUUAGAAGAAAAGGUGCUUCGAAAUCUUUCCCAUGGCUCUCGCUUGCUCUCUGCCGCGCUUGCCUCUGGCACGCCCCAACCCCAAUUCCGCUUCCGAUCCUUGGUCACUAUCGAUGCCUAUGAAUCGCCUCUCGUUCCCUCUCUCUUCUUCUCAUCCCCCUCCGCCUCCCUUCCGGGCCAAGGCGGCCAACCCCUUCUCCACUUCCCGCGGAGACCAGCACAGAGCAAGGGCAGAGAUGCAUGAAUCUGAAAGCGCUUUGGCUGUAGAUGCUUUCACAAAUGUCAAGCAUGUGCUUCUUCCGGUUACUGAUCGGAAUCCUUACCUUUCAGAGGGAACAAGACAGGCUGCAGCAACCACCACUGCUCUGGCCAAAAAGUAUGGAGCGGACAUCACAGUCGUGGUUAUUGAUGAUAAGCUGAAAGAGUCCAUCCCAGAGCAUGACACUCAACUGUCUAGUAUUAGAUGGCACCUUUCAGAAGGUGGUUUUAAGGAAUUCAGUUUGAUGGAGCGGCUUGGAGAAGGAAAGAAGCCAACUGCUAUUAUAGGUGAGGUUGCUGAUGACUUGAACUUAGAUCUUGUAGUCUUAAGCAUGGAAGCAAUCCAUUCAAAGCAUGUUGAUGGAAAUUUGUUGGCAGAGUUCAUCCCCUGUCCUGUGUUGCUUCUGCCUCUCUAAUAUAUCUGAUUGGAUAUAAAUUGUUGUAAAUUUAGUGUUUUGUAGUGGAGCUGCACUUGAGAUUCUUGCCAAAACUGUUUAUCCUAUCUUUGCUCUUCCUAUUCUUUUCCCCUUUCUUCUUUCUCAUGACCCUCCAGAUGUUUAAGUUUCCACAAUGCAAAACUAUAUCCAAUUUUCUGAA